GUUCCUUCCUCCCGGUGCCCCCUCGCCCACCCGCCUCUCCCCGCGGGGAAUCCGGGCUUGCCGGCUCGAUUGCCACAGGUGGACAGGCCCCGGGACGUGUUUACUGCGCGCGUGUGUGUGUGCGUGUAGGGGAGUGCUCUUUAAUUCUCUUGCUCGCUCGAGGAAGGAAGAGAAUCUGAACUUGGCUUCCGUUCUCAGCCUGGAGUUAAAAAAAAAAAAUCGUCCUCUGUGUAAUUCUGCUUCACAUCUUCAGACGGAAGCCUGAUCAUCUCAGGUCGUGCCUGGCUGCCCCUUUGGAGGGGCGCUCAGGCGGUAGUGAAGCGGUGACAGAUUGCCGUUGUCGCUGCAGAGACGUGGUUGUCGUUAUAGGGUGCUGGGCAGACGCUUUUCGCUUCCUUGGGCAGUCCUUUGAAUUCUUCUGGUCGGGCAGUUUUUCAGGGAAGGGAAAAUAGGUCUAUUUUAAUGAAGGGAGGUUAGGAUAUUUAUAUCUGGUUUUUAACUUGUAGCUUUCAGCUUUUGAAGCCAUUUUUUAUGUAGAUGAGUCGCUUUUUAAACAGGGCAACCGCGCUUAGAAGAACGCCACGGUGCUGUGAACUAGAUUCAAGUGUAGUCUUGUAGAAACAGAACCUUGGGCCCCGUUGGCUGUGUCUCUGCAAUACUGAAAUAGGAAGACUUCCCCCCCCCCCCCCCCAGGAACGAAGUUAUCCCAUUUGUGAAUGUUUGAUAACACAACUUUUGGCCAGACUGUCUUCUCCAUGUUCUUUUGUUUUCCUAGCUCUAAACUUCAUUUUGGUAUUGAUGUGCCAGAGGGCAAGGAAGACAGACUCCUGGCUCAGCCAUUUAGAACUUUGUCGUCUUGGGAAGAAGCCCCUUGUGCCACGCCGCUGAUCUGCAGCUUCGGGAGGCCGGUGGACCUGGAGAAGGACGACUCCCAGAAGGUGGUGUGCAACAACGAGCAGUGCCCCUACAGCACCUGGAUGCACCUGCAGUGUUUCUACGAGUGGGAGAGCAGCAUCCUGGUCCAGUUCAACUGCAUCGGCCGGGCUCGCAGCUGGAACGAGAAGCAGUGCCGCCAGAACAUGUGGACAAAGAAGGGCUAUGACCUGGCCUUCCGCUUCUGUUCCUGCCGCUGUGGACAGGGCCACCUAAAGAAGGACACAGACUGGUACCAGGUGAAGCGGAUGCAGGAUGAGAAAAAGAAGAAGUCUGGGACGGAGAAGAACACAGGCAGGCCCCCCGGCGAGGCAGUGGAGGAGGCAAAGAAGUGCAGGCCACCGAACAAGCCCCAGAAAGGCCUGAACCACGACCUCCCCCGCCGGCAUUCCAUGGACCGGCAGAACUCCCAGGAGAAGGCGGUGGGUGCCGCGGCCUACGGGGCCCGCUCCCCCUGUGCCUCCCCCGGCCAGUCGCCGCCCACCGGCUACUCCAUCCUCUCCCCUGCCCACUUCAGCGGCCCCCGUGCUUCCAGGUACCUUGGGGAAUUCUUAAAGAAUGCCAUCCAUCUGGAGCCGCACAAGAAGGCCAUGGCGGGGGGCCACGUGUUCAGGAACGCCCACUUUGAUUACAGUCCGGCCGGGUUGUCGGUUCACCGCGGGGGCCACUUUGACACACCCGUGCAGUUCCUGCGGCGCCUGGACCUCUCUGAGCUGCUGGCUCACAUCCCCAGGCAUAAGCUGAACACGUUCCACGUGCGCAUGGAGGACGAUGCCCAGAUGGGCCAGGGCGAGGACCUGCGGAAGUUCAUCCUGGCGGCCCUCAGUGCCAGCCACAGGAACGUCGUGAACUGUGCGCUCUGCCACCGGGCGCUCCCGGUGUUCGAACAGUUCCCCCUGGUGGACGGGACUCUGUUUUUAAGCCCGUCGAGACACGAUGAGAUCGAAUACGAUGUUCCUUGUCACCUUCAAGGGAGACUCAUGCACCUGUACGCGGUGUGCGUGGACUGCCUGGAAGGGGUGCACAAGAUCAUCUGCAUCAAGUGUAAGUCGCGGUGGGACGGCAGCUGGCACCAGCUGGGCACCAUGUACACCUACGACAUCCUGGCCGCCUCUCCGUGCUGUCAGGCCCGCCUGAACUGCAAGCACUGCGGGAAGCCCGUGAUCGACGUGCGCAUCGGGAUGCAGUACUUCUCUGAGUACAGCAACGUCCAGCAGUGUCCGCACUGCGGGAACCUGGACUACCAUUUCGUGAAGCCAUUUUCCUCCUUCAAAGUUCUCGAAGCUUAUUGAUGAAAGCUUUGCUUUAGUAAUAGCUAUUUUAUUGAUAUUAUUACUUUAUUACAUAUCUUUUAUAGGGAAACAUUCUGUGACAUUAAUUUCUUUUCUAAUUUAACAGAGAGCUCCUUUGUGUGUGUGCCACUAAGAUGGGGCUUGCCCUCUCUCGACUCCUGAGUGUUAGUCUGUGGUCAUGACCAGAGCCCAAAUGGGUCACCCUGUGAGUCCGAGUUAGCAGUUCACUGUCACCUAGAGUCUCUCAUGCAGCUUUUAAGGUGAUGGGGAGGAUGGGGUGAAUUUAGGAAGGGAUUAUGUGGUUAUACACUAAGAGCAUGGUAGGAGCUGGGAGGAAGCUUUUACUAAAGUGUUAACUGUCUAAAGACCCACUCUUAGGUCUUCUCUGGGCCUUGGAAAACCACGUGACACGUGAAUGUAAGUCUGCGCCUGGAGAGCUGACGGUGUUAGUCUGUCCUGGUGUGGCGAUCUGCAGCACACACUGACCUGCAGUUUACCCUCAUGGACAGAUAUUUGAAAGCGGACAUGAGCGCGGUUUCGUCACUGUUGUGAUUUAACAGUCUGUUUUCAUACUGAAAAUAAUAUCCAAAUUAUAAGACAUAUGAAAGCUAUUGGUGUUGCAAAUACUUUUAGUAAAGCUGACCUAGAACGGAGAGAAUAUACUAGAUGAAUAUGGAAGUGAUGACAUUCACUCAAGAGGGCAGACCCCCGUUAUUUGAAUUGUCUUCGAAGUUGGUCUCAUCAGCUCUGAAGGAGGAUCCAGGAACAGCUUGAUUUGGGCAGUGCUGAUUUCCAUAGGUUGCACUGUGGAAGUGCCAUUUGGUGUCAGAACUUCUGACAGGUAAUUCUCACAGCACAGACUCUAACUGGGGAGUUUCAGAACCAUUACUGCCACACUUACCUUCCCCAAAAGUGCUCAUGGCCAUGUUUUACCCAUUUAAUGUUGAGUUUCCAAAAUCAAAGAUUUGACCCUAGGAAGGAAGGGAAAAAAUUGUGAGGAUAUGAAGAGAAGAAUAAUUUUAAUAUUUUCUUUUUAAGUAUGUUUCAUUUUGGAAAAUCACGGAUUGUAACAUAUAACAAUAUGUUUGAAAAUAGAUCAUUCUCAAGAUCCCCAUGAUACCUUACCAUUGGCAAAAAAAGAUGAUAAUUUAUGUAACUGGAUUAGUCAGAGCCUUGGACUUUCCAAAAUACAGCCUUCUGUUCAUUAGAUCUUGAUGAUUUUAAUAGGUGACACCCAAACCCUUAUAGAAUUGGAAUAUGAUUUCUCAAAAAUGAAUUGGAUAAUUUCAAGUAUAAUAGGCAUAUAUGCCAAAAGAAUGCUGAAAAUAUAAUUAUUUUAUGGGUAGCCAAAUUUGGGGUUAUGUGAACAUUUUAUAUUACUCAUUUGGUUUAUCCCAUUUUUUUCUCAGAAAAACGGUUGUUUUUCCUCUCAGAAGUGUUUGGGCAUUAUUGCAAGUGAGUUUCAUUUCUGCUACAUGAAAUAUUUGAUGUUUUGUUUGAAACAACACAGCAUUAAAGAACCAAUGUACUGACUAACGUUCUUCAUCCUUUCAGUUUGGAUGAUUGUAAUUCAGUUUACCACAUCUAGUUUGGUGUUUGAUGAUCUGAGGAAUAUUACACAAUGGGGGAGAUGCUCAAUGCCUAUAAGAAGCAAAAAAUCAUUAUUGGUCUGAUGGUAUUUGAUGCAACUAAAACAGGUCUGUAAGAAUGACCCUUGCUAAUUUGUCUUUAAUACACAAAGCUGUAAUUGUGAAUUAACUGUUUCCCUGUUGAUUCUCUCAUGUACCCAAGUAUAAAAAUUGGUAAGUGUCUCUUGUCUUCAGACUACCAUUUGGAUUUUAUGUCUGAAUUUAAAAUGAAUAGUAAAAUAUUUGUAAUGCUGCUCUCUAACCCACCCAAACUUUUAUAGAGAAACCUGCUUAUAUUGUUGUUCUGAAGCUUAGUUUCCACAGAGAUCGCAUUCAGCAAGCUCCUCAGUCUAAAACUGCUGUGAGUGUCGUGUAUGAUGCAUUCAGUGUUUUCUCCUUCUGUUGUUUUCUGUUUCCUGAAAAAUAAGUAUGACGAGGUUUCACUGUAAUGUAAUUGGGUAAAAUUUGCUUUUGGCCUUUAUUUUGAUGAUCAAGUUAGGAUUCUGUGGAUGCCACAGUUAUAUAAAAGGAGAGGCCUGGGUGUCAUAUCUGAGGAUAUCUUUUGCCUUUAAGGCAUUGCAUUCUCGUCUAAAAGGGAAAAUUUGGCUGAUCUGAGAAUAAAAUGUAAUUGAGUGUGCAACGAUGUGAAGAAUAAAUCUUAUUUUGGAAAUCUGCCGACCUUAAUAUUUUCCCCACACUCUCUCCAAGUCCUUUGCUCUAUCUCGAUGGGAAUUGGAAUAUGUCAAAAAAGAUAAUUAUUUGUGUGGUUUGGAUAUUAAAGGAUAUUAGUCACGCAGGAGAUCCAUUUUCUGUUUUUCUGAUGAAUAGUGUUCAAUAACAUGAAGCACUCAUAAGUGAGUAAUAAUUUCAACAUGAUUUUUCUUCUACUCUAACUUUUUUUUAUCAUUUAUUUUAAAGAGUUGCCUACCUUGAACAAAUAAAAUUAUCUGCUUUAACUUAGUGAGAAGACUUUCUGAUGGUCUCAUCGUUUUCUCUUCAGACCAGCUUAGCUCUCCAGUCUCUUCUGGUUGCAUCUGAAGCAGUUGAUAUACUGGGUUUAUACCUUAAGAGAGAGACAUUGGCAUGACAUUGGGGAGUGGGGUGAAUUGUCCCAUUCUAAUUAAGAAAGAGCUUUCCCUAAGCAGUCAUUAAUUUCCAGUUUUUGUAAAAGAUGUUCAUUUUUAGAGUAAGAAGCAUUUUCGUAUCUGUUUGGGGGAAAUGAACUCAUCAGGAAAGAAUAUUGUUAGAUGUUUAAACCCUAAAACUAACAGAUAUCUGAUGCAUAACUUGCUAGACAACCAAAACUAACUUGCUGAGAUCUUUGGUUUUGUCCUGUAAGACCAGUGCUUGACAUCCAGUCUGUUCUCCUGAGCCCAGGUCAGUAACUCCAGGUUGCUUUUCUCUUCAGUCUCAUAGUGGCAGCCUUGAUCAUUUUCCUUGGAGGUUGGGGAGGAGGUGAGGAGAAGGUGCUCUUCAGUGUUUUGGUUCCUAUAUUAGGAUGCUGCCUAACCCAGCUCAUCUCAAUGUCCUGUUGACUUUAUUAUUAUUCCAGGUAAUUGAAAGAAAAUAUAGUGGAUGGGCGUCAUUAAAACCAGCUCAAAAGUAUAUUCUUGUCAGUAAAGAUUUCUUGUUGAGAUGUCUUGGAUUGCACUUUUGUGGAGGGAAGACAGUGUAAAUAGUUAAAGAAUGUUGAUAAAAUUGAAACAUUUGGUUAUGGAAUUGUAUGUGGUCUUAGAAGGUUUCUGUUUGUGAAAUGUAUGUAUUAAAAUAAUAAAAUUUCAGAAACUAA